UUAUAUUUAUCGGAAAAUAAAUAGUUUUUAAAUACUGCUUCGUGAAUGCUGAAUACUUUCUGGUGAAUGUAGAGGAUUAUUUUUGAAACUUUGUAAGAGUUGAAAAAUUACUCAUAUAAGCGAUAAACAUUUGAGAAAAUCAGCGAGAAAAAAGGAGGCGUGCAUCACCAUCAAAAGUAUAUAAUAAAAGUCCACUAGGGACGGAAAUUCUUAUUCCAGAGAAGAAGAGAAGUACGAAAUUAAUAUACGAAGAGUGUUACUACUGAGCAACUGACAAAAUGGGCGUAGUGAGUGGAAGUGCGGCAAUAUGUCUGCUGCUACUCUGCUCUUUGAGUCACCACAUAGGGGCCCAUAUACGCAUCGAAGCGCCUGAAGUGCAUUCCAUCGAGCCCAUAGCGCCCUCCACCACCAGCUUCAUACGCUCAGCUGUGGAGAGUGUGCCCGUCAAAGAUCUGUCGAUCAUGGCACUUAGCCGCUUCAGCAUGCGGCCGUCAUUCGGUGAUGUCUUUCUGCCGUUACGUAGCGCUGUCGAAAGUGUACCAUCUGUGAAUGUAUACAAGCUCAGUGAAUUAACUGAUUCCUUUGGAGUGCGUUCAUUUAUACGUGACUCAGUUGAGGCCGCACCUAUAGAUGACGAAAAUGAUGAAGAUUCUGAAUUGGUAACAAAUGCAGAUUUGGUGCGUAGCACCAGCGCUACUGAAACGGAGCCACACAAAUUAUUGGAUGCAACCAUACAUGAGGUUAAUGGUGAGGUGGAAACUUUUGGAGCACCUGAUCUAUGGACCGUUUCUGACAAAUAUGCCGCAUUUGCUGCCCCUUCGCCCGAUAACAAGUAUCUACCACAACCAUACCGAGCUGAUUCACCCUACCAACAGCUUUUGAAGCCAUUCGGUUCGGAGCAUUUUGAUCAGCAAGAUGAUGUGGAGCUACUGCGUGAGCAAUUCGGUUACGGGGCAUUGACACAUACUCAAAAUGGUGAUAUUGGUGAAUAUUAUGGUGCUCCAACACACUUGAAAUCAGCGCCACCUGCACGCAAGAACUACAAUAGUUCACCAAAGGUUUUGUGUCAUAUCACGAAUUGGGCUUUCUACCGAAAAGCGGAUGGCAAAUUUGUGCCGGAGAAUUUAGACGCUAGUCUCUGUACUACCGUUAUUUAUUCCUUCGCCGCAUUGGAUCCAGAUCACUUGACCAUUAAAGAGUUCGAUCCAUGGGUAGAUGUAGAAAAUCAGUAUUACAAUCGUGCUGUGGAAUUGGGCGUGCCCGUCUUAAUCGCUUUAGGUGGUUGGACGGAUUCAGCGGGAGACAAAUAUUCACGACUCGCUGGUGAUGAGAUAAAACGGAAAGUGUUUGCUUCGAAUUUGGUUGGUUUUUUAAAACGAAAUGGGUUCUCUGGACUUCACUUGGACUGGAACUAUCCUAAAUGCUGGCAAAGCGAUUGCUCUAAGGGACCAGCCGCCGAUAAACCGAACUUGACCAAAUUGAUAAGGGAAAUACGCAAUGAAUUCGAUCGCCUCGAUAAGAAAUUGCAACUCGGCGUCGCGCUUUCUGGCUACAAAGAGAUAAUUACAGAAGCCUAUGAACUAGCGGAACUCUCCAAAAUCGUUGACUAUAUGACGGUUAUGACCUAUGACUAUCACGGUGCUUGGGAAGGCCGCACUGGGCAUGUGAGUCCACUUUAUGGCCGCAAAGGUGACCGCUACCCGCAAUACAACACAGACUACGCCAUGCAACUCUUGAUUAAGUCUGGCGCAAAACGAGAGAAGCUCAUUAUGGGCAUACCAUUUUACGGACAGUCAUUUACGCUCGAUCGCGCUAGCACUACUUUAGUGGGUGAGGGCGUAUCUACCUCGGCACCUGGCGAGCCCGGCGAGUUUACCAAACAACCAGGCAUGUUGGCCUACUACGAAAUUUGUCACCGUAUACGCAAAGAUAAAUGGCUCACAGGGCGCGAUGAGGAGCGUAAGUCUGGUCCAUUUGCAAUGUUGCGCAACCAGUGGGUAGGCUAUGAAGAUCCUGCAUCCGUAGAAGCAAAGGCACGUUAUGCUGUAAAUAAUGAUUUUGGUGGCAUUGCUGCGUGGACUGUUGAUUUGGAUGACUUCCAGAAUCGUUGCUGUAGCGAGAGUUUCCCAUUGCUGAAAUCGAUCAACCGCGCGCUUGGUUUGCUUAAUACAGAACCUCCCAUGCGUGGCAAUUGUAACCGGCCAGCAGCACCGGUAACCCCUGUACCGCCUGUCAUGACCACUGUGAGUAGCGAUGGCUCCUUGGGAAGCACCAUUACACAACAACAUGAUCACAUCUCUUCAACUGCGCCCACAACUUGGUGGCCAACCACCAGCUCCACAUCGACAACACCUUGGUGGACGCCAACUUCCACUACACCCACACCAACGACAACCAGACGAAGAACUACAACAACCAGAGCAACGACAACAACAACCACCUGGCGACCAGUAACACAAUCAACAACAACAAAUGGACCCAGCCGACCUGAGCACACCACGAUACCCUCCCCGGCAGUAGUGCGUCCUGUGGUUCAAGCUUCGAACUGCCAACCUGGCCAAUUCUACGCCGAUCGCUACAACUGCAAUGCCUAUUACCAGUGCAUCGCAGUCGGUGAGCUACAUCAGCAAUUCUGUCCCGGGGGUUUGCAUUGGAAUGAUGAGAGCAAAAACUGUGACUGGCCCGAAUCUGCUCAGUGCUCGGUAAAAAAUAAACCUGUAGCUGUAGCGAAUUCGGCUACUACACGCCCCACUAAGUCUCCAGGCACAACAGAGCGUCCACCUACGCGACGCACAACUAGUAGUAAUCCUGCAACCACUGGCACAAGUCAGCAAACCACUCGUCAACCGACCACAACUCCAGCCACAUCGGGUUUGCCUACUACAUCACGCAAGCCAACAAAGAAGCCCACGUCGAAACCAUCACGUAAGCCUUCGCGUAAACCCUCAAGAAAGCCCUCGGUACAAAAGCCGCAACGGCCCUUGAAGCCUCAACGUCCAAGCGCUAGAUGUAACGAAGGUGAAUACUACACUCACAAAAAAUGUGAUCAGUACUACAUUUGUGUGAAUGGUGGAUUAGUGCCGAACUCUUGCGGUGGCGAUUUGCAUUGGGAUGCGAUACGUCAAAUCUGUGAUUGGCCUGAAAAUGUUCAAUGCAUCACAACUCGUCAGUAUUUGCGUAAAGUAAAGUCUCAAGCACUUCGCUCCGGCAAUCCCUUAAUGUUGCGAGACUCUAAUCCCAGCGAUCCAUGCGAUGGUGAGGAGCGCGUACCAUAUCCUGGCGACUGUUCAAAAUAUCUCUUCUGUUUGUGGAAUCGCUUACAAGGAAGUGACUGUGGACCUGGUUUGCACUUCAAUGAGGCAAUAAAAGCUUGCGAUUGGCCGCUCUCGGCAAAGUGUACACAAGAGGAAGGAGGUUACGAGAUGACUGAAAUCGAGAGUCUUGAACCAGGUGAGAAUGAGAUCGCACAAGGCAGUCCUGUCGUAAAACCAAUAAAGCCAAGACCGACUCAGCGACCAGCACCAACGACAACAACCACGACAACGCGUGCACCACGUCCUACAUAUCCAACCGAUAAACCAGAGCUCGCUCCUCUGGACGGCUACUACAAGGUAGUCUGCUAUUUCACUAACUGGGCUUGGUAUCGUAAAGGUGUGGGUCGCUAUACGCCAGACGACAUCAAUACCGACCUAUGUACGCAUAUUGUAUAUGGUUUUGCUGUCCUCGAUUAUUCGAACUUAGUGCUUCGUACUCAUGACUCAUGGGCUGAUAUUGACAACAAUUUCUAUACACGCGUGAGUGGUUUGCGCAGUAAGGGCGUUAAAGUUAGUCUCGCCCUGGGUGGUUGGAAUGAUUCCCAAGGUGACAAAUAUAGCAGACUCGUACGAAAUCCCACGGCUAGAGCCCGUUUCGUUAAACAUGCAGUAGAGUUCCUAGAGAAAUAUGGCUUUGAAGGUCUCGAUUUGGAUUGGGAAUAUCCCGUUUGUUGGCAGACGGAUUGUAGCAAAGGCGUGGCAGAUGAAAAAGAAGCAUUUACCGCCUUAGUGCGUGAGCUUUCGCAAGAGUUCAAACCCCGAGGCUUACUGCUCUCAACAGCGGUCUCACCAAGCAAGAAGAUCAUUGAUGCCGGUUACGAUGUGCCACAGUUGGCGAAUUACUUUGAUUGGAUUGCUGUAAUGACUUACGACUUCCACGGUCAAUGGGAUAAAAAGACCGGGCAUGUUGCACCACUCUUCUACCAUCCAGAAGACGAACUAGACUACUUCAAUGCUAAUUUCUCACUGAACUAUUGGAUCGAUAAGGGCGCACCCUCACGUAAGAUUGUUAUGGGUAUGCCACUGUAUGGGCAGUCGUUCACUCUUGAGAAUGCCAACAACAAUGGUCUCAACGCCAGAGCUCCCGGUCCAGGCAAGGCGGGCGAAUUCACACGAGCAGCGGGCUUCUUGGCAUAUUACGAAAUUUGUGAUCGCAUCAAAAACGACGGCUGGGAAGUAAUACAAGACGAGCAAGGUCGCAUGGGUCCUUACGCACGUAAAGGAACACAGUGGGUAUCCUAUGACGAUCCUGCUAUGAUCCGUAAGAAAUCUCAGCUGGUACGGGCCAUGGAUUUGGGCGGUGGUAUGGUAUGGGCUUUGGACUUGGACGAUUUCCGCAACCGAUGUGGGGACGGCGUACAUCCACUACUAACUCAAAUUCACGAUGUACUUAAAGAUCCACCAAGAGAAUAUGAAGAACUUCCUGGACCUGGUCCGAACAAUCCCGAUGAAACUAAUAAUGUGGAGUCUGGGGAAAAUGUAAACAGCAUUGAAAGCUCCGUCAUACCUGCGGAAAUAGAAACUGGUUUGGCAGAAGAGAAUGUUGUUGAUCCUAAUGGUGAUGUAGAAGAGGUGUCUGCAGAGUAUAGCGAGGAGACUGGUACCGGCACUUUAAUUGGUACAGGAACAGAAACGGAAGAUGGCUCUGGUGCCGAUGUCGGUACGGCCACAAUAACAGGCACAGCCCCGGAAACGUCGGGCGACUUCAAAGUUGUUUGCUAUUUCACUAAUUGGGCGUGGUAUCGGCAGAACGAUGGUAAAUUCUUGCCCGAAGAUAUUGACCCUGACCUUUGCACACACAUAGUCUACGGUUUUGCCGUACUCAAUCGGGAAACGCUCACCAUACAACCGCAUGACUCUUGGGCUGACUUAGAUAACAAGUUUUAUGAACGUGUUGUAGCUUUUCGCAAGAAAGGCAUUAAAGUGACGCUUGCAAUUGGUGGCUGGAAUGACUCAGCUGGAGAUAAAUACGCACGUCUGGUACGAAACGCCGCAGCGAGAGCACGCUUCAUAAACCACGUUGUUGAGUUCAUACAAAAGUAUAACUUCGAUGGUCUUGACUUGGAUUGGGAAUAUCCAGUGUGUUGGCAAGUAGACUGCAAGAAAGGUACGCCGGAUGAGAAAGAUGCGUUCACUGCUUUGGUACGAGAGCUCUCACAGGCCUUCAAACCGAAGGGCUUUCUCUUGUCCUCCGCCGUCUCGCCCAAUAAAAAAGUAAUUGACGCCGGCUAUGAUGUGUCCACGCUCUCACAUUACUUUGACUGGAUAGCCGUUAUGACCUACGAUUUCCAUGGCCAAUGGGAUAAGAAGACUGGUCAUGUUGCGCCUAUGUAUGACCAUCCUGCCGGAACGGAAACAUUCAAUGCCAAUUUCUCAAUCAAUUAUUGGUUGCAACAGGGGGCGGAUCGACAAAAGAUCAUAAUGGGUAUGCCCAUGUACGGUCAGUCUUUCUCGCUAGCCCAAGCUGCGGAUCAUGAUUUGAAUGCACCGACUUACGGUGGCGGAGAGGCGGGUGAGGCGAGCCGAGCACGUGGUUUCCUUGCCUACUAUGAAAUUUGCUCGUAUAUACGUAAUCGUGGCUGGAAUGUGGUGCGUGAUCCGCGUGGUCGUAUGGGGCCAUAUGCGUUCCACCGAGAUCAAUGGGUCUCCUUUGAUGAUGUUUCUAUGAUCAGGCACAAGAGCGAGUAUGUCCGUGCGAUGGGUUUGGGUGGUGCCAUGAUUUGGGCACUCGAUUUGGAUGAUUUCAAGAAUGUGUGCGGUUGCGAAUCAUAUCCGCUGCUAAAGACUAUCAAUCGCGUUUUGCGAAACUAUCCAGGUGCGCAGAGAAAGUGCGUGCUGGAGCAGAAACAUAAUUCCAUGAUUUCUUCUGAUAAUGGUCCGUCGCAAGCGUACUCAACUAAGCCGAAACCUAAUGAUGUCAUUCCACAUCCCACAUAUUCCAGUCAAGAAAUCGGAACCUCUCAGCAAAUACAAGCCGCACCAUUGGAAGACUUUGGUUCAGCGGAAGUGAAACCUUGCAAUGGUCGUAACUUCGUGGCACACGAGCGAGAUUGCAACAAAUACUACAUUUGCCAAUUCGAAAAGCUCAUAGAGCAGAGCUGCCCAGCGGGUUUACAUUGGAACGAGUUCUACUGUGAUUGGCCACAGAACUCUAAGUGCUCUAUGCGCCAGGAAGCUACCACGAAACGGCCCGUUCCACAGCGUCCUAGGCCAACAGUCCUUACAACGAAGCGGCCCAAACCAACAGUUGCACCACGACCUACAAAGCCGACUAAGAAGCCUUCCCAGAUACCUAGCAAAAAACCAACCGCACGUCCGAAGCCGCCAACGACACCCCCUCUAACUGGAAGUGGCGACUAUAAGGUUGUAUGUUACUUUACCAACUGGGCUUGGUAUCGACCGGGUGAGGGCAAAUAUGUGCCCGAAGAUAUUGAUGAAAACCUCUGCACACAUAUAGUAUACGGUUUUGCUGUUCUCAAUAGCAACUCAUUGACGAUAUCCACUCAUGACUCCUGGGCUGAUAUCGAUAAUCAUUUCUAUGAACGUGUCGUUGCCUACAAAAAUAAAGGCAUACGAGUGACCAUCGCUAUUGGCGGUUGGAACGAUUCGUUGGGCAGCAAAUAUGCGCGAUUGGUGUUGGAUCCAGAGGCACGUGCUCGUUUCAUACAGAGUAUCCUGGCAUUCAUUGAGAAGUAUGGUUUUGAAGGACUUGAUUUGGAUUGGGAGUACCCGGUGUGUUGGCAAGUUGACUGCAGUAAGGGCUCGGCAGCGGAGAAGGCAAGUUUUGCAGCUUUGGUACGUGAGCUCUCCGAGGCGUUUAAGCCGCGUGGACUUUUACUCUCCGCUGCUGUAUCGCCAAGUAAGGUGGUAAUUGACGCAGGUUAUGACGUGCCGAAAUUGGCACGUUACUUCGAUUGGAUUGCUGUCAUGACUUAUGACUUCCACGGUCAUUGGGAUAAACAAACGGGUCAUGUAGCACCGCUUUACUACGUCGAGGGCGACACAAACGAAUAUUUCAAUGCUAAUUACAGCGUCAACUAUUGGCUGCAAAAGGGCACUCCUCGUGAGAAACUUAUUAUGGGCAUGCCGCUGUACGGUCAAUCCUUCACACUUACAGAUACUCAGCAACGUGGUCUGAAUGCCAAAUCUACGGGCCCUGGUCAGGCGGGCGCAUUCACGCGUGCAGCCGGUUUUCUCGCUUACUAUGAGAUAUGCGAGAAAGUCAAUAAUGGCGGUUGGUCCGUGGAGCGUGAUGCUCAGGGUCGCAUUGGUCCAUAUGCCUACAAUGGCAAUCAAUGGGUUUCGUAUGAUGAUGUUUCGGACGUACGUCGCAAAGCGCAGUUUGUCAAGAGCUUGGGUCUGGGUGGAGGUAUGGUCUGGGCUUUGGAUUUGGACGAUUUCCGUGGUCGCUGUGGUUGUGGAAAGCAUCCGCUGUUGCGUACACUCACGCAAGAGUUGCGUGGCGUACCGGGUCAGCGUGCGCACGAUUGCACAUAAAGGAGGAGAAUUUCGAAAGGAAACUCUUCGAAAUUUGCGAAUAAUCUUACAUAAAAUUUACACUCUUAACUUUAGUUUUCUGUCUUGUGCCAAUAUUAUAUAUUUAGAUUCUCGACUAAACAAUAGCAAUAGCAAUUCGCAUGCAUACAUAUUGCCGAUUUAAUAGAAAUCUGUUUUGAAGAUCUCGAAAUAUAAAUCGAAUAUGUUCGCAGCGAUAUCACUUCUUAAAAAAAAUAAUUUAAGAAUAGAUUAAAAUUUUAUAUUAUGUGG